AGGGUAGAUAUUGCAAACUCAUGGGACUCGCUGUCAGAUGUUCUGAAUUACCGAUCAUUCCACUAUGAAACUCUGAAUUGUAUGAACACUGAACACUAACUCUAUCAUGAUGAUUUUAUAUAUUUAAGGAAUUAUAAGUUUAUUUAAAAUUAUUAGAUACUGUAAUCAUUCGAAAAUUUAGCAUGCGGAAAACAAGUACAGAUAGAACUGGUGCAAUGCGUUCCUUUAACGACCCCAAUUUAUUAACGAGCAUCGUUUUAAAUUAAAAGUCGAGUGAAUCGUCAAGCUAAUUAUUGUUUAAUGAGAUAAGUUAUAAUGUGGGUAUUUGGUUAUGGUUCACUUGUAUGGAAAGCGGAUUUUCCUUAUGAAAAAACAUUGGUUGGACACAUCAAAGGAUAUAAAAGGAGAUUUUAUCAGAAAAGUACAGAUCAUAGAGGAGUACCUAGCAGACCUGGUCGAGUUGUUACAUUAAUUGCUUCCAAUAAUGCUAACGAUGAAGUAUGGGGUAUUGCAUAUAAAAUAUCAUCCCAAGAUGUUAAUAAAGUUGUCAAGCAUUUAGAUUACAGAGAAAAAGGUGGUUAUGAAAGGAAAAGUGUUCUUUUUUACCCGUCUUAUUCAAUAGAAAACAUUGGAGUUCAUUCAUUAGCAAAUAAUGCUUAUCAGGACAACUUAGAACGUACAACAUUGAUACCAUUAAGUACAGAUGAUACAUCAUUUUAUAUUACAAUUUACAUAGGCGGACAGGAUAAUCCAAAUUAUGCAGGUGUAGAAGAUGUAUCUACAAUAGCAAAACAAAUACUUGUAUCACAUGGUCCUAGUGGAGCUAAUACAGAAUAUUUAUAUAAAUUAGCCUCAGCAAUGCGAAUAAUAGCACCAAAUGUAUAUGACGAGCAUCUGUUUACUUUGGAAUCAGCUGUGAAAGCAUUAGAAGAAGAGCAGCUGGAAAAAAUUAAGUCAGAUAAAAAGUUGCCUAAUGAAAACAAUUGUUGAAAAUUUAAAUAAUGUUAGACAUAAGAUUUUAUAUAUAGAAAAAUGUUCUGUAACACAAAACGUGCUAUUUUUAAUAUAAUUUAAAUUAAUUUUAUGUGAAACAACGUAUACUCUUAGUAUAAUGUUAUUUUGUAAAAAUGAUUUUCAUAAACAGAAAAAGCUAUUGAAAUACUAGUAUUACAGCAAACAUACAUAUUCUUCAGAUAUCUCGUAUGACUGAACACAUUAAAAAUCCAUUAAAAGCAAAUGAAUUCUUUAAAUACUUCAUGGACUAUUAAAUUUAAACGAUUUUAACUGGAGAAAGUUUUUAAUUCUUAAUUCUAAUCACAUUAUCUCAGCUCGUGUGAUAUUGACUGUAAUGAUAAAUGUUAAUAAAUUAUAUGUAAAAAUUUGUUGAAAGUACGAGGAAGAAAUAAAAGAAGCACAGCUGCCACGUUAAUAAUCGUG